AUGAAAGUCUCCACUCAGCUUCUAGCCACAGGCGCUAUUGCGUUCACUGCCACCGCUCUAGCAAUGCCUUCGAUGACCAAGCGAGUGGUUGAUGGUACUAAAGUUAUCGGUUGUCUCGCAAGUGUCUUCAUGAAAGGUGAAGAGGCUUGGACUCCUGAAUGUGCAGCAGCUGCAGCAACUGAUAUCGGUUUUAUCCGAGAGCUUAGCCUCGCCGAUAUGAGUAUCGAUUUUACGGGCCCUAACCCCUCGAUUUUGGGAUUUUCCUCAUCAGGUGCAAACGCGAAACUGAUACCGAUCCCUGGAGUCAACUAUCUUGUAAAAGAGGUUGCUAAUCAUUUUACUCUCAUUGAUGAUGGUGUCGAACUCGUAAAGAUGGAGUCACCAAGCGCCCCUGCCGAGGUCAAGGGCAACGUCGUCAAGACUGCGGUAGAGAAUACUGCUUUAAAGAUCAUACCAGGACAAGAAGAUGGGUUCUCCAAGUUCAUAGAAGCUGUGCUAAGCAGGCCCACUUAUACACUCACCAUCAACGGGAAUGUUGACGUCAAGGGCCAAAUCCCUGGAACCAGUGCUGCUUCCUCGAAGCUCCUAACUCUUACUAACAUUGGUGUCUCGUCCUCCUUCACUUUACGAUGCAUGGGCAGCUCUGUGCAGAUAGAGCAUGUGAAGCUAGUGAGCCUUACGGAGGAUGCAGACUCAGGUGCCGUUACACUAGUACAUGAUAUCAAUAUCCAUAACCCUUCGCAGCUUAACUUGAAACUGGGAGACUCUGCGUUCCACCUGCUCAAUGCUGACGGUGUCUUGGUGGGAGUUGCUAAUAUCCCAAACUUCAACUUGGCCAUGGGUGACAACGUUAUGACAUCCACCGUGAAGUUCACUGACUCUGAUACCUACAAUGCCCUGACAACCACGAGCAAUACGUUCACAGUCGUAGGUUUUGAUGGCUCCACGAAAAACCCUAUCCUGACCAAGGCAAUGGGUGCCUUCAAGUCCCAAAUUACGAUCCCUAAACUUGAAGCUGCAUAA